ACAAAGCCACGUCCUGGUUUGGGGGAGAGUCCCAAACAGAGCAAAGAGCUGAUGGUGAAAUGGCGUCUGUACAGGAACUGGAGAACCUGAGAAAUGAAGCCACUUGUUCAAUCUGUCUGGAGUUUUAUACGGAUCCGGUGACUGUAAACUGUGGCCACAGCUUCUGCAACUGUAUUUUACAGUGUUGGGGCACAGGGCAAGAAAGUGUGUCCUGUCCGCAGUACAGGCAGCAGAUUCCCCAGAGGAGUGUUCGGCCCAACAGAACUCUGUCUAACAUGGUGGAGAGUGUUCAGAGACUGAGCCUGAAUCCGAGGCUGGAAGAGGUGGGAAUCCAGUGUGAAGAGCAUGAGGAGAAGCUGAAACUGUUUUGUGAAAUGGAUCAAAGAGCGAUCUGUGUGGUCUGUGCGAUGUCCCGUGAUCACAAGGAUCACACAGUCAUUCCCAUUAAGGAAGCUGCUGAGCUCCACAAGCAAAAGCUGCAGAAAGCCCUGGAACCCUUCACAAACAGUUGGAUGAAAUGUCUCGGUGUCAGAGAGAAGGAGCUACUCAACUGGAAAUGA